GGCUCAAGCUACUUGGAGGAGACGUCGGAAAAGUUCGCUCCCCGAGGUUUCAACAUGACGACGUUUCUGAGCUUCAAUGACAGCUUCAACUCGAAGAUCACUUUCCAGGCGGAGGACUCUGCAGAGACGGAGGAGAUGCUGAAGAAGGAUCUGCCACUCCGGUACACGUGGAGUGUCUGGGAGCAGAUCAUGCAGACCUCCGAGGCCAAGGCGCAGUACGCGGACGCCACCCAGAAGGUGGCGAGCUUCGGCACGGUCCAGGAUUUCUGGAGGCUAUGGAACCACAUGCCCCAGCCCAGCGAGCUCCUGGAGCAGAAGCGGAUCGUGCGGGAGCAGCCGGAUGGCCUGCGGGUCAUCGACGCCCUGAUGAUCUUUCGCGAGAACAUUCGUCCCGAAUGGGAGGACAAGAUGAACGCGAAGGGGGGCCACUUCCAGUUUCAGCUGAAGCCCAACUGCGGAGGUGGUCAGAUCGAUGAGUACUGGAACAACCUGGUGAUGGGCAUGAUCGGUGCCACCAUUGAUCCCGCAAACCUGAUUACAGGCGUGCGGUUGGUGGACAAGCUCUCGGGACCUCGGGCGGCCGGCGUGAUCCGCAUUGAGGUCUGGUUCACAGACAGCGAAGACACUCAAGCGAUUGGCACCCUGCGAAAGAACGUGGAGAAGUGCAUGGCGCACAAACUGGACGGCGCGCACGGCACG